CACGAUGUAUCCAAGCUCUCCGUCAUCGGCGCCGGACAGAUGGGUCUAGGAAUCGCGCUCGUGGCCGCCCGCACCGCCCAGGUCCCUGUAACCCUAAUCGACAACAACCCCGCCUCGCUCCAAAAGUCGCAAACCUUCCUAUCGCGGCUGCUCGAAAAAGAAAUUUCCAAAUCGCGACUCACGGCAUCUGAGGCGGAGGCCAUCCAGGCGCGGAUCACGACAACAACCGACCUCUCGGCCGCAGCGGAGGCGGACUUCAUCAUCGAGGCGGUGCCGGAGAUCCCCGCGCUGAAGAAAGACCUAUUCUCCCGCCUCGCGGAGCUAGCGGGGAGCAACGCCACACUAGCCACGAACACCAGCUCCAUCUCCAUCACCAGCAUUGCCGCGGCCGCCCACGGCGCCGAGGACCGCGUCGUCGCCACCCACUUCAUGAACCCCGUGCCGGUGCAGAAGGGCGUUGAGAUCAUCGCCGGCCUGCAGACCUCGCCGGCCACGCUUGCCCGCGCCGUCGCGUUCGUCCGUGCUAUGGGCAAGAUCCCCGCCGUCUCCAAGGACGCGCCAGGGUUCCUCGCGAAUCGCAUCUUGAUGCCGUAUAUCAACGAGGCGGUCGUGUGCCUCGAGACGGGUGUGGGCGAGAGGGAUGAUAUCGACAGCAUCAUGAAGAACGGGACAAACGUGCCUAUGGGCCCGCUUCAGCUGGCGGAUUUCAUUGGGCUGGAUACGUGCUUGGCAAUCAUGAAGGUGCUGUACGAGGACACCGCCGAUAGUAAAUAUCGGCCGGCGACGCUGCUGAAGAAGUAUGUCGAUGCUGGGUGGCUGGGGAAGAAGAGUGGGAAGGGCUUUUACGAGUAC